AUGGCGGAGAUGCAGGUCCUCUCCGCCCGUCCCCACGUGCGGGUCAUGCGGGUCGGCCGGGUGCGUGCCCGUCGGAACCUCCUGGAGGAGCAGGUGGAGCUGUGGUGGUUCCGCGAGCCGCGGAAGUCCAUGGCGUGCUACUGCGUGUGCGUGGCUCUGGUGGUGGCCUGCGGGGCAGGCGGGGUGGGGGUCCUCUCCAGCACCACCAGCUCCUCGGGGGCCUGGCGGCUGGUGGUGGGCGUGGGGCUGUGCCUGCUGGCGCUGGCCGUGCUGCUGAAGCAGCUGCUCAGCUCGGCCGUGCAGGACAUGGGCUGCGUGCGCAGCUGGGGACGCAUCCGCGCCCUCAAGAGCGGAGGCCCCUCCGACCACGCCCUGGUCCUGCUGACGGGCGGGGCCCUGCUGGUCUGCGGGGCGGCCCUGCUGGGCCUGGCCCCGCCCCACCCCGGCCCGGGCUCCCCGCUCAGCGACAUGGCGCUCACCGGGGUGGUGCUGCUGGCCGGAGGCGGGGCCACGGUGCUGGGCGCGGCCGGGUACUCCGCCGCGACGUACCUCCUGGAGCGGACGGGCGGCGGGAGCAGGCUGACGGACAGACCGGCGGCCAUCUUUACUAUCUCCGGCCGAAUGGGCGAGACUGGGAGGGAGGCCACCUCCAGCAUGGUCAACCUGCUCUGA